GAAGGAGCAAACACAAAUCCGUGUGCCACAGGAGCAGGACUCGGGGGCGGGGGGUGGGUUGAGAUCUGAGCUUGCCAAGGUUGAAGAAGAAAUUGGUACUCUCAGGCAAGUUCUGGCCGCUAAAGAGAGGCACUGUGGAGAGUUGAAGAGGAAGCUAGGUUUGACUCCCUUGGAUGGGUUAAAGCAAAACCUGUCUAAAAGCUGGCAUGAUGUCCAAGUCUCCAAUGCUUAUGUGAAAACAUCUGAGAAACUUGGAGAGUGGAAUGACAAAGUGACACAGUCUGACUUUUAUAAGAAGACCCAGGAAACCCUUUCCCAGGCAGGACAGAAGACUUCAGCAGCCCUUUCCAAUGUAGGUUCUGUUAUCAGCAGGAAACUUGGUGACAUGAGGGCUCACCCCUUCUCGCAUUCCUUUAGCAGUUACUCCAUUCGCCACUCGAUAAGUAUGCCAGCAAUGAGGAAUUCUGCAACCUUCAAGUCAUUUGAAGAUAGAGUUGGGACCAUAAAGUCCAGAGUGGUGGGCAGCAGGGAAAAUAGCACUGACAGCCUCCACUCCCCCUCAGGAGCUGGAGACAAGCCUCCACAGGACAACGCUCCUUUCUAGACCUGCGACGUGGCUUUGCACGGCUGUGCGCAACUGUAAGAGCAAGCCCUCUCCCUCCCAAAUCUUCACAACAGUGACGACAUGCAAAUCCAAGACGGGACUGAGAGCCAGUCUGGAGAGAUCCAUCGUUCAUUCAUAGACACUGCUGCUGGAUCCAAGUCAAAUAAAGAGAAUGCAAAGUUUUGUACACAAAUAAUAUUUUACACUAAAGUUUGUAGAUUAAAUGUAUCACUGCUGUCCUUUUGGGAGAGCACGUAAGAUGGAGUUUCCUUAAAGUAGCUCAGAAAUGCCACUGGUAUAGAUAAAAACGGUUUUCCCUUGUCUGACAUAACUUGGAACUGAUACAUUGCCCUGAGCAGCGAGGAGGGCAGUUACCGGAGAAGCCAUGUGCACGGGCAUCUUAGCUUCAGCUUCUGGCUGCAUUCUCCGUUCAGAGCAUGCCACACAGCUACUCUGUGAGCUCCCAGGCUUCUCCUGUUACUGUUUGCUCUGGCUCUCAUUGGCGUUAGUCUGGUAAAUGGGGUAAACACUUGGGGUUUGUUUUCUGGGCUCCCAAAAGGGAAACUUCACUUAGCAGCUGCCUCGUUGCUACACUAAUGCUCUAGCUUUAACAAAACUAAAAUCUUUAUUUUUAAAUGCAAUGAACUUUAAAGAAAUAAAGCUUAA